GAACAAUUCGUUACAUUGUGAAGUUUUGAUCUUCCUACUUUGUGCAGAUUUAAGCAAAAUGCGGUUAGCUUGUCGGUUUUUCUGUGAACGCUUUCAAAUAAAAAUGAAGAUUUUGUUGAGUUAAUUUUGAUUUAUUUUCACAUUUUAUUAAUAUUUCACAGUGCUUUUGAAAUGUAAUUAUGUGUUUUUUUCUUACAUUUCCAAAUAAUCCACAACCUUUUUGUGUGAAAAGAACAGUGUAUGAAAAGUCUAAGCCUCUCUAGUCAUGAAUUUACUGUUGUUGGUCUUUGUAUGGAAUAUCGCGGGCUGUGGACGGCUUUCAAUAACGUGAAUAUUGUCCGCCUCAAACCCGCGAAAACACUAUAAAUUUCAGCCUAGGCUAGGGGUACUUUCACAUAAUUUAAAACGCUUGUUAUUUGUUGUACGGUUUUUGUUUGUACCUGAGCAAGUCAUGGUUUUUCCUUUUACACAUCAGAAAAUGUGAUAUGAAUUCUCAGUCAGUUAAAUCACUGAAGCUGUUUUUAGUCCUAAUUACUCAGGCAAACUACAUAAUAUUUACGCCAAUGACUGAAACGCUAGGUUAUACAGUUUCCGGUCUUUAACUAAACAUAUGUUUCCCAACUCUUAUUCUCUUUUAUUCACUUUCUCUGAAGAUGUUUAAACAGUAUUUAUAUCCUAGGAUAUAACUUAGAAAGACCUAGUGUUAUGUUAAUCACUGCGCUGUUGUCAGAUAUUUCUUUGGUUUUGUAGAUCGAGAGCUUAGAGUAUCUCUUGAGGUUUCCUAUAAUUGGAUCUUCUGCAUAUUCCGAAGGUAUCCCUCCAUUUCGAGAUGAACACUCGUGAUUCGUUAAUACUCUUCUAGCUUCUUGAGGCUUAAAGUGUAGUUUGUAAUACUUUAAUAGCGAAAUCGCUGAUUUUCUGUUCAUUCUUAAACUUUUCCCACGUAGAAAGGUAGAUUCCCUUUAAUAUUUUUAUGCCAUUAAAAAAACGCUUUUGUGUUCGAUACUUUUCGAUGUGAGACGUGUGGUUAUUCCACCAUCAUUUUUCGAAAAAUAAGUCAACUUCCAAGAUUAUAGUUUUGAAUGAGCCUUGGUGCCAGAUUUUUCAAAUAAAAUCUGGACAGCAUUUAGUAGAGUUUGGAGUGGUGAUGGAAAGUAGUUUCAAAAUUUUCUAGAUUUCCUUAAAAUAUCAAUAAUUUAUAAGAUCUUUGACGCCUCUAGUUUCUCAGAGAAGUUUAGGAUUUUAUUCGAGCUUCCUUAUCUUUGUUAAUUUUAGACGAUGAAACCUACUUUACAAGUAAACUGAACUUCUUGCCGAACGUUUUUGUUUAGGAUCUAGUUAUAUCCUCUUACUGCCCGUAUUUGAGUUCGGACUGACGAACUACUGGUUGGAUGACGGGUAAUUCAGUUAAUAGUCUGCUUCUCCAUACUGCGAGUUAGCAUGUCGGACAGCUUAAAAUUAAUCUAGAAACAACAGGUACUUCUAGUUUUCACUUUUAUUCACACCUCACACUGGAUUUUGGCAAAUUCACUUAUCUCCUUUUUAUACAUAACCUUGUUUACUUCAGUAUCUACUGUAAUCUCUUUGGUUUCUGUGCCGUUUUAUCAUCCAAAGUGAAACCAUUGGGAUCGAAUACAGCCUAGUUUAUUACCAGCAUAUAAUAAAUCGGGUUGAUUACAGAUAACACUGAAAAACUAGUGGUUUCUAAUUUGAAUUUGUCUUGUGACUUCAAAAACUAGUUUUUUUACAGGAGACAUUCUUGAUUGUUACAACAACAAGUUAGGUGUAUGAUGUUUUAUAAGGUAACUUUAGUAUACUGAUAUGUGGCGUUUCAUGUUUAAUUAUGAUGACGUCUUAAAAAUUUCGGUGGUUUGUUUUUUAAUUUUUUUUCUGUAGAUAAUAACUUUCAAUCGGCUACAAGUCUUCCUAAAGUAUUACAACAAAAUGAAUUUAUUCUGUAUUAUCCUAUUAAUUUUGGCAUGUAUGCCAAGAGUUUGCAUUUACGGCAAAAGAUAUUUAUUUUAUGAUGUGUUUUAUGGAGAAGGUUUCAAUUUGAAACGUGAUGUUUAUAUUCGGAUUGCCAAUACAGUACGUCUUUUAAGAGACCCAAGCCAAAUACCAAAUUUUGCUCUACACGACAUAAACGUAAAAAAUUUAACUGGUGAAGAUUGGAUUCUAGUUUUACCGCCUUGGGGUCCACUUCCUCAUUGGUUCAAUGACAGAUCAUAUGAAAGAUAUACAAAUCAUAGUUAUUUUAAUAAUUGGUCAGGCAUUCCAUGGUCAAUGUUUUUUGAUUUAAACAGUCUCUCAUUAUUUAUACCAGUUAUGGAUUUAAUUGAAUUUCAACGCAGUAACGUAUUGGAUUCACAACAAUCAUUAUUAAACAGGUCAUCCAACCAUCCGUUGACAAUCGAUUUAGCUCUUCAGUUAGUUCGUGGAGAUUUUAAUGAAAAAUUGGGGCAAUAUUCAAAUGUUAAUAAUCGUAAAGUAGAUUUUUGUCCAUUUGAAUUACGCGAAUUAUAUCGAUUAAAUGACUCAUCAUCGUCAUUCAGUCGGCCAAUAGAAUUAUUUGAAGGAAGUAGUUUUAAUUUACAAAAUGGUAUAUUACCAAUGAAAGCAUCUGCAUAUGAUUGUAUCACUGGAGAUUUAGAACCUGUUCAUUUAGCACCAUUCUUAAUUCAAUUAAUUGAAAAUUCUGAAAAGCCUAUUACAACUUUAUACUUAGACUCAGCUCAGUCGAUUAUACACGGUCAUUGGAGUGAAUGGAGUCAAGAAUAUUGGACUGUACGUCGAAGCAUUACAAUAGCAAAACAUUUACGUGAUAUUGGUGAUAAUUACCGUGGAGCUUAUUUACAUUCUAAUGAUAUUUCAGAUCGUACAGUAUCACCGUCAAUAGUUGAACAUCUUGGUCCAGGUUCCAGUUGGCUACGUCCACAAUGGCCACUUUCACCAGCUCUAGGUGGACCAUAUGUAGCGGUUCAUUGGCGUUGUGGAGAUUUUGUUACUACAAGUACUAACGCUACAACAACAACUGUUACUACUACUAGUCGAUCUCCUAAUAAUGUUUUAGCAGCCCAACAAAUUCUAAAUGCUGUCAAGAUAUUUAAUCAGUAUGAAAAUCAUUACAUCGAUACAAUUUAUCUAGCCACCGAUGCUAAUAAAGAAGAACUAGAAAAUCUGAAGAGUUUACUUUAUCCACUUCAAGUAUUUCAUUUUGAGCCAACUGAAUCCGAGUGGAUAUCUUAUGGCCCAGGUGGUUCAGCAAUUAUAGAUCAAUGGAUUUGUGCACAUGCUAGAUAUUUCAUUGGGACUAGUUCAUCGACAUUUACUUAUCGUAUUGUUGAAGAACGUUCAAUUAUGGGCUUUCUAUUAAAUACUACCUUAAAUAAUCUCUGUCCAAAUGGACCAAUCUAUUUAUAUAAACCAAAUUAUUAUAAUACAGAAUUAUCUACAUGUCAAUCAUUAACUGAAUGGCCAGUGAUUUAUGAAAAACAAUACACUAUCUCAUCAUCAUCACCAGCAGCAUCAUCAUCAUCAUUAUCACCAAUGAUCAAUGAUAAACUACUUUCAGAUAAAUAUAUUAAAGAUGAAUUAUAAUGUUGGAUAAUGUUUAACCUAUAGGAAGAGACUGAUACAGCAUAUUACCCCUCUACUAUCACUACUACGACUACUACUACUACUGCUACUGGCUUCGAUCAUUCUCUCCUCUAUGUUCCUUUUCUUUUUGCUUGUGACUCUCAUGAUUAUUUAGAUUAUUAUCACUGUUUUCUUUUGCGUAUGUAUAUGUAUAUAUAUGUUUGUCUAGCUGAAAUUGUUAUGCUAAGAUUUCAGAUCUUCGAAAGAAAACAAAUAUUAUUUCUUUUAAUGAUAAUCGUUUAGUGUAUCGUUAUUUUUUUUCAGUGUUAACUUUUCAAUGGUUGCCUAUAUAAUGCCAUUAGUCCAUGUUUUA